AUGCCCCAACCGAAAAAGACAAUCGCCAUUGUCAAUGGGACAGGACGGCAAGCAGCCUCGGUGAUCCGGGCCGUGACGGCAGUUGGAUAUGCAGUACGGGCACAAGUCUACUCGACCGAGGGUCUGGUCGCCGAAGAACUUUCGGAGUUACCCAACGUGACCCUUCUCGAGGGAGGACUAUUGGACAACCAGCCCUUGAUCGACGAGCUUUUCAACGGUGCCCAACUCGCCUUCAUCAACACCAUCCACCUGGCCGGCGACGAGAUCAAGAUCGGCAAAGCGCUCGCGGACGCCGCGAAAAGGCGCAACAUCCAGCAUUUUGUUUAUUCGAGUAUGCCGGACCAUUCGAUCCAUAAUCCGAAUUGGCCUGCUCUGCCCCUAUGGGCGUGCAAGUUCACCGUCGAGAAUUAUAUUCGACAGUUGGGUCUCCCGGCCACGUUCGUCUAUGCGGGUAUUUACAAUAAUAACUUUACGAGUUUGCCGUAUCCGUUGUUUUGUAUGGAUUUCAAGGAUGAUGGGACCCUCGAGUGGAGAGCGCCGUUUCAUCCGGAUACGAAGUUGCCUUGGCUCGAUGCGGAACAUGAUGUUGGGCCCGCGGUAUUGCAGGUACUCAAGGAUGGGCCGAAGAAGUGGGUUGGUCAGAGAAUCCCUCUAGCAUUCGAAAACCUCACCCCCCUUCAAGUCUGCGACAUCUUCGGCCGCGCCCUCGAGCGCCCAUGCCGCUACGUCUUCGACCAACACAUUGAGAUCAAAGUCCCCAUACCCAACGUCUACCGCCAACAACUGGCCGGAAUCGAGGUGUUAUUUGGCAUCUAUAACGCGCCGUAUUUCCCUGGCCCGGAUUUUGAGUACAAUUCUCGUCGGAAAGGGAGUAACGACACGAUUACAAGUGGUGGUGGUGCUACUAUGGGCGGUAGUCACGGUCACGGUCACGAUCGCAAGGCCGCCGCCGGCAAGCCGGGGAAAUUGACUGAUAUUGCGCGCGAACUGUGGCCUGGGUGGCGGUCGUUGAGCGAGUAUGUUAGUACGGCGUUCAUUGUCGAGGAGGAGGCGAAUGGGAAGACGUGGAUGAUUGAUAAGAGCGUGAGUACUUGA